CGGAGCACUAGAACAUCCUACUUCCGGCGAGUAUGGACCUAGACGACCUCGACGGGCCGAGCAAGCCUGCUCGGGUCUCCAGGUUCAUGCCCCGUUCCAAAAACGCCCCACCAAAACCGAAGCCCGAACCCGCCGUCAAAAAGGAGCCUGCAAAACCGGUUCCGAAGUCCGAGCCGGAACCGCCGCAGCUGGUCAAGCCCAAGCCGGAAGCACUAGAUGACGUGGCGGAGAAGAAAGAAGAGAAACAAGAAGAAGGCGCCUAUGGAGACGAUUCAAACGGCGCUGUGAAAAUGGAGACCGGUGAAGAACCUAAGGACGACGACGAUCCGAUGGAAGAGGACGACGCUGAAGACACUGUCGUUCGUGAAAUUGAUGUGUUCUUUAAUCCUAAUGUUGAUUCCAACACUCAGUUAUAUGUUUUGCAAUAUCCUCUGCGGCCUCGGUGGCGGCCGUAUGAGCUGGAGGACCGGUGCGAGGAGAUAAGAGUGAAGCCUGGCACUGCUGAAGUGGAGGUGGAUUUGUCUAUUGAUCUUUACUCCAAGAACUGUGAUCAAGAGUUUGCUAACAGGCUCAAAAUGACAAAGCAGACUUUGGCUACAGAAUGGGAUCCCUGCCGUUCAACUGGUUAUGCUGUCGGGGUUUUGAUGGGCAACAAGUUACACUUGAAUCCUGUUCAUGCAGUUGUGCAGCUCCGACCAUCACUUGACCAUUUAAAGCCUGGUGGUUCAAAGAGGAAGGGCACGGCCACUGGGGAUGCAGAAGUUGCAGUUAAAAGAGAGGAAAAAUCUUUGGCUCCAUCAAAGAAACAGAACAAGCGUGUGGAGUCCUCAACUGAAGAUGAAGAGAGUUGGGUUCCACUUCAGUACCAUGGCUCAGAAAGUGAUUUUUCGGCUGGAUAUUUGAAAAGAAUGGUGGUACAAGACAGUUCUCCUUUAGAAUUUACGAUGACUCCGUAUGACUAUGUUAACUCCUUGUGUCCUAGAACAUGCAAAGGUUCUUCCAAAAGGGCUCUACUGAACCUGCCUCUGGAGGAGCGCAUCCAGAAGUUGCUUGUUGAGGAACCUAUAGCUCGCCGAUUCAGUGAUCUUAAGAAGUACUAUGCUCCUCGGAACCAGGAAAAGGAACUUUUGGAUGUCCUUCAAAAAAAUGGUCUAUUGCUGCGUGGUCUCUGGGUUCCUAAAACAGCAUUGCUAUAUCCCAAGAAAGAGGGUUCUUCUAGAAAGAAAGAUGAUGAUAAUCUGCGUACUGCUAGAAAUCACAUCCUAAAUUCAUUCCAGAAGAACCCUGUAAUUAGUUAUUCAGAACUAAAUGUCUACCCGCCCCUAAAGCCUCAUUUUGACGAAACUUUGAAAUUCUUAGCUGUCUACAGACCUUCAACUCGGGAUUGGAAAUUGAAAGAGCAAUCAGAUGUAUCAUUUGCAGAACUGCAUCCGGAUAUUUCUGAAAGCCAGGAACAGAUCUGGGAAAGAAUGGACAAACAAUUGGUGGAAGCCCUUAAGCCUCACCGUGACCUGAAGAAUGCUAGCAUGAGUAGUAAGACUGGGAAAUUACCAAAUUCUGAUAAAGGUCCUAAUAAAAGUGCUAGUGGAGCUCCCAGUGGAGGAGUGAGAACCAUGUCAGAUGAAACUCUAGCAGUUCUACCUCAGGCCAUCAAGGAAGUUUUUAAGACACGCAAGGUUUGCAGCUUUCAGCUGAUAUGCGAUACAUUAGGAAACAUGACUCUCGAAAGAUCGCAGCAUGCAAAAGUUGAUCCUAAUAGUAGAAAAUUAACAGCCGUAAGGAAUGGCCUUGCAGCUCCUCCAGAAGAGCUAAAGAACGUCAUAACACAAUUUGCGGUAGAGAUCGGUGGUGUGUAUGUCUUGAAAUCGUCAUCAGAGCACCCAGAGCAUGAUCAGCUAAGGGAUGUUGUAAUUAAACUUCUACAAGGUAAGAAUAAAGGGCCAAUUAAAAAGCUGGAUGUUACGGUAGCUGCUCAGGAGGAACUUGGGAGGGAAAUCAGCAAUAAUGAAUAUAACAAGGUCAUGAAUGAACUUUGUGUGUCCAAAGGUUCUCAAUGGUACCUGAAAAGUGGGGAUGGCAGUCCGAAAUAAUACUGGAGGACUGAUGAUUGGAUCAAUGACGCUAUUUUUUCACGGUUCAAGGAAAACUAUGUUGUAGAUUUAUGUUUAUAACAGCACUUCUGUGUAUCUGGACGGAACUCUGAUAGAUUUAAAGCUAUGCAUUUUU